CACAAUGCGGCGCACUUCACGUAUUGGCUUGGCGCGCAAAUCAAAGUAAGCAGUGUUCGAAACGCUGCACUUUAUUAGUUUCAAAACAACAAAAAAUAGUCAAUCUUAACUGAUUUCUAAAUAUUGUAUUCCAAUUAAAUAGUGUAGAAUACAAAAAAAAGGAAAAUGUCGAACAGUUGCAACUUCAAUGGCACAACCGGCUACUUGGAGGCCAUGACUCGUGGCUUUAAAAAUGGUCUGCUCAAACAGUCCGAUUACUUGAGUCUGACACAAUGUGAAACCCUCGACGAUCUGGCGGUGAACAUACAGAACACCGACUAUGGCCACAUACUAGGCGCCGAUCAAGGCCCUGUGACUGUGGAACUCUUUGAGUAUCGUUUGCGCAAGAAAAUUGUAGAUCAAUUCAAUUACUUGCGAGUGAAUGCGACGGAACCUUUGGGCACCUUUCUGGAUUACAUACGCUACGAGCAUAUGAUCGAUAAUGUUGUGCUGCUCAUUUCCGGGCUCAACAAUCAGCGGCCCAUGAAGAAACUGUUGGCGCUUUGCCAUCCUCUUGGCUAUUUCGAACAAUUGGAGGCAAUUGGAGUGGCCAGCAAUACGGAUGAGUUAUUCGAUGCUAUCCUCAUCGACACACCACUCUCAAAGUUCAUAUCAAAGAGUUUCGAGGCAAAGGAUUUCUCGAAAAUCGAUGUGGAAAUUGUGCGCGGUGUUUUGUUCAAGGCCUACAUCGAAGACUUCUAUAAUCUAUGCAAGCGUCUGGAUCCCACCUCGGCCGAUGUGAUGUGCAAUCUGUUGAGUUUCCAGGCGGAUAGACGUUCCAUUACCAUUGCCCUGAACUCGUUACACUCGGGUUUUGAUCACAGCCAACGUUCGCUUUUAUUUCCUACCUGUGGCCACCUGGGUCCCAUUGCUCUGAAUACUCUGGCCCAUAGCAUUGACUACGACCAAGUGCGCUGGAUAAGCAGUAAGAAUAUCGAAUAUGGUGUAGUGUUCGAUACCAUUGAGAGGGAUACCGAUAAUCUGAUAACGCUCGAGGAUCGUUUUCUCAUGCUAGAGGCCAAGAAACUGAUGCAAAGCUAUCUCCAGCAAUUUCAUUUUGGCGUCUUUUACUCGUACCUCAAGCUGAAGGAGCUGGAGUGCCGCAAUAUCAUCUGGAUUGCCGAGUGCAUAUCGCAACGUCAGCUGGACAAGGUCAAUGCUUAUAUACCGAUUCCCAUGUACUGAACUGUCGUUAAUUAAUGUAACUCAAUGUCCAUUCUUUAUAAAUAUAAA